AUGGGCAGCGAUGAUCCAGAAACGGUGUUGUCAAUCCCACUGAAGAAGACUGAUCUGGUGGAGUUGUACCUGCUGUUACGUAAGUUGGUAGCCUCAAAAUACUCGGAGAGCGAUGCACAAAAAGUUGAAAGCGUUUUGGAAACCUUAAACAAAUGCCGCAGGGACAUGGUGGAGCGUAGAAGGGACCUCUCCCUUCCGAUGCAACGUGACUGCCUCAUCCACUUUCCAUGGUUGAGCCACUCUUCUCCUCUCUCUCCUCCGACGCCGACCCCAUCAUCUUUGUCUGGUACGACGCCUUGAACCCUGAGCAUGAGAAUGGGGUCUCCUCACAGCGCAACGGCAUCCAAUUGGAGAAGGCCGCUGUUCUCUUCAACCUUGGAGCCAUCUGCAGCCAGAUUGCUGCCUCUUGCGACCGUACCACCGCCCUUGGCCGUCACCUUGCAAUGGAAGCCUUCAAAGUUGCCGCCAAUUUCUUCUUCCAACUCUGGAAGGUUUUCGCUAAGGACGUGGUCUCCGCCACCCUCGAUUUGACUCUCCUCUUCGUGGAGUUUCUGCACGUCCUCUUCGCCGCUCAGGCUUCCGAGCUCGAAUUACAGCAACAACUGAACAACAACGACGCCAGUUACGCUCUCCAACAACACCGAUGUGCCCUAUCAUUUUCAUCGGUUCAUUCGCUUUAUCUUAGAGCAUAUUUACUGAUACUUACGGUUUCGGGUGCGGCUGCACGGAAACAUGUCUACUCUUUUGACCAAACAUGGGUAACUCAUCUUCACCAGAAGCUGACAUUCUUUAAGGCGGAGGCACCUGAAGUAUACGCAUCGGUCAAAUCUUGUGGUCUUGAUCAUGAUGCAGAAUGCGUGACUGAGAUAUUAGUUAGAGGGAUUUGAGGGAAACCCAACCUACAACAGAUAUACGUUGACCUCAUCCUCUCCGAGUGCGAUCCUUUCAAGAUUGUCAAGGAUGGAAAGCUGGUGGCUUACCCGUGGGACAUGCCUCCUCCUUAUCCAACAAAUUCGGCAAUCCUCUCAUCUUCUUUGUCUUCGCGGUUUUCAUAUAUUCUUGCAUUCCUUCCUUUGAAGAAGAGUGAGCCCUUGAAUCUCUAUGAGUCCCUGCGCAAUUACUUUGUCCUCAAAUACUCUGAGAGCGUGGCAAAGAGAGUAGAAGGCCUUCUAGAAAUGCUACACAAAUUGCGCAAUGAGAUGCUGCGUGAUGACCUUCUUGGUACAAUUGAUUGAUGUCGGUCUUUAUUUGUUAAAUUGUUUGAUUGAGAUGAUGCAGGCUUCAGCUUAUGUUCAAUCCUCAACACCUCAAUAUCGUGAGUAUCUUGAGUCGAAGAGGAAAACCAUAAAUGUUGAAAUAAGUCCGAGUGAUGUAAGUCAUGUAACUGAACAAUUUCUUUUAGGGUAUUGCAAGUCUCACGCCCUGCUUCAAGAGGUGUGUCAACCACUAUGCUUGGACCUUCUCUCUGAGGCUAGCCCUGUCAAGAUUAAGGAUGGAAAUCUUGUGGCCAAUGCAACCUUGGAGGCACCGCAUUUGGCAUUGGAGAACAUGAGCUUGCAGGAGACACUACAGUAACAUUACCUUAGAGAAAAACUAAACAAGAUUUAGGAAUGAACUUGGAACUUUGUUUGUUGAUGCUACUAGAAUACUUUGUGUGAUUUUGUUUGUUGAUGUAUGCCACUUUCUUUUAUUU